AUGGGCUAUUCCAAGUCCGCCGACAACCGCGCCGCCGCCUCUGCCCUGGUGUCCGCGCAAGCCUCGACAUCGGUUGACGACACAUCUUCAUCGCGCCGGUCCUUCUUUUCCCGCCUCAGCCUCCCCCUCCGCCAACGCGCCCGUCACAUCACCGAUUUCCACAUCCGCCCGGCCGAGCCCUACCGCAAGUAUGGCGCUGGAGACCAUGUGUUGGGCGCCGUGAUCUUGACCGUCGUCAAGCCCGUCCGAAUCACCCAUUUGACCGUGGCAUUGCACGGCUUCGUACGCGUAUACAAGGGCCCAGGUGCGCCCGCCAACGAGCCGAUUGUCAAUCCCGCCGAGAUUCCAACAAACACUGGCCGCGGCGCGCGCCAGAAGAGCCACAGUGUUGGGCGCGUCAAUUUGUUUGAGGACGAGCAAACACUCAGCGCCGAUGGCCGGCUCGAGCCGGGCCGCUACGAAUUCAACUUUGAACUGUUAUUUCCCUCAAAGGGGCUUCCUAGCAGUAUCGAUCGUGGCACUAUUUCCUACAGGAUCACUGCGACUUUGACACGUCCGCCAUCCAUCACUACCAAAAUAGACCAGAGGUCGGCUGUUGAGUGCCCAAUUCAUCUCAUCGAAAGGGUCGAUAUUGGUCCUCUUAAACCGCCACCGUCGCGUACUAUCUACCUAGAACCAAUAUCAAAACGGCCACGGAAGAAGAAGCAACCUGGGCCCACAUUAGAAAAGGCCGCCACCACCGUUUCACACGAUCCACCAGAACGGUCAUCCGAUUUGGACUCGACUCGGGCAAAUGAGAACUCUACCGAGGGCUCCUUGUCCGUCCUUGGCGAUGAUCAAGGGCAUGGCCCACCAGCUAACGAUGGCCCGGGACCGUUACAAAGCGACGUCCGCAGCAUCAGCGGUGAUAGCGCCCACACCAGCAGUACCACCCCGAGCAGGAACGGCGACAUAAUGUAUACAACACCGUCGGUCAUAUCGCAGGGUGGAAAGAAGGGACCGGCACUGAAGGACCGGACCAUCACAGCGACAGUAGAGUUGCUAAAAGGUGGCUGCCUUCCUGGAGAUGUGGUUCCCAUCAAGAUCUCGGUGCAGCACAUCCGCCAACUAAAAAGCAUGCACGGUGUGAUAGUCACUCUCUACAGGCUCGGUCGCAUAGACUCAGCUCCCACAGGUGUACUUUCUAGGGAACUAUCGCAAAGCCAAAGCCGCUCUGAGAAGGAAGAGAUUUACCCCAAGUCGAAAACUGGGCUGGGAGGUCUAUCCCUUUCGUCGGCCGGCUCUUGCAGUGUCUUCCGGAAAGACCUUUCCCAGGCUAUCAACCCUCUCUGGAUUGACCCAGCCACCAUGAGCGCCAGCUUCACAACUCUGAUCAGGGUUCCCGAGGACGUAUUUCCAACCAUCAAGGGCGUUCCUUAUGAGAUGAUCAAAUUUCAAUAUCACAUCGAGGUAUUGGUCGAUCUAGGAGGGAAGCUUGCCGGCCAGAUUCAAGGCAACAAGGUAGCUUCUGGGUUGCGAAUGAGCAUUCCUGGGGUCCCUCUGGGCCCGACAUCCAGUGCCCACGACACCGGCUCACCUUCCGUCGCAACAUGGGGAUCCAGCAUUAUCGACACGGAUAGGCUCCGUCGAGAAAAGGGCGUCAUCUCCGUGUUGUUUGAGGUUAUUGUUGGGACGACAGACAGUGAAAGGCUCAAGGCCAAAGGUCUGUCGAAACUGCCGUCGCCGGUCCGAACUGUGUCAGUGCGCGAAAGUGAUUAUCACAAUCAGGCCCCGGACCAUGUUCACCCGUGGCCUGCAUCACAUGAGCCAGGAGGCUACGGACCAGAAUCGGCCUGCCCGCAGGAUUACCCCCCGUUUCCUACGCCAUAUCCUGCCCAAUCCACCCAGCAGAUUCCCUACUGGGAGACGGUCCCGGCCCAACCGCCACCACCGCCGCCAGUUCCGCAUUACAUACCACCCCCAGACGUCCCUGACGAGAGCUCGCUCGACGAGAAGGAACGGAUCAGACGCGCCGAGCAGAGGUUACUUCCCAGCCAACCGCCAGACGCACCCGUUGCCGCCGGCCCGUCUAACUCUAGCGACGUGGUCAACGGGGAAAACAUCUACGACGCUGACGACACGCCCUCGGCACCUCCUGAUCUUGCCCUCCCUGCCGAGUCGCCACCAGAAGAACCACCGUCGGCGCCCACACUGGAAGAGCUCUCGGGUGGUGCGGUGAUGAACUCGACAGAGGAUAAACAAGAGCUUGAGCGGCGACGGUUGCUUGCCGAGGCGAGCGCGCCGCCGGAGUUCCCGGAGGAUUACGAUGAUAACGCCAUGGCGGGGCCUAGUGGUUCGUCAAUACCGCCGAGUGCACCACCGAUAGUGCCUGCUGCGGUGGCGGACUUUGAGCCGACGGCGCCGGUGAUUAAUGAUGAGGAGGAGGAUUAUGGGAGGCAUUUUUCUUAUGCAGGGGCUUCGCCGGGGGCGGGGAGAGGGCCGGUGGAUGCGGUGGGGGAGGAACUGCCGAGGUAUGAGAGGUGA